CAAACGUUUGGUCUCAAAUUUUAAUCGAUUAAUAUUCUUCAUUUAAUCGAUUUUGCCUCGGCUGUGUACCUUAAUCGAUUAAAUACUUUCUUUUAAUCGAUUAAUAUUCGUUUUAUGCCCUUAUAUCCAGCCCAGGCUUCGUCUUCUUCGCCAUUCCCUUUUUCGAAUCACAUAAACCCUAGUUUCUUCCCUUCUCAAAUCUUCUCAAUCUUCAUCAUAAAUUUCUCAAAUUUCUUCCAUUUUUUUUAAAAUUUCAUCAAUUUCAAAGAGGAAGGAUGCCAAGGUGCAAGAACGCUUCCUCGGGUCAAGAAACCGCGGCAGAGGAGAAUGAGAGACCAUGGCGUCGUGAAGGGAGCAAGUAUAUUCACAUUCAAACGGGUCUCGCCUUCAACACUGGGGCUUCAGUUGAGAGGUUCCACAACAUUUUCCUCACGAAGGAGAUCGUCUCUCCCAAGAUCGUGAACAAGGACCUCUUCAAAUCGGCGACCUAUGCCCCGAGUAAGUCUAUGUUUCUUCAGCAAGACUUUACUCGGGACACUCAGGUGCCGGUCAAGAAGACGUGUUUCAUCACUGAAGCCAAGUUUUCCCGGAUCGUGUAUCGAGAGGAGGGCGAUGCUGCACCAAAUCUGGACCUGAUAGUCGCCGAAGAAGAACAAGAAAGCCAAAACGAGAAUCAAGCUGAGUCAUCUCAAGCCAGAGGAAGUCGAGCCACGGAGCGCGUCACUCGUCAACGGAGGACUCGUCCGAGAGAAGAAGCACCGGAACCUUCUUGGGUGAAGAAGAUCUUCGAUACUCUCACGUGCAUCCGAGAUGACGUUCGCCAGCACAACGAGAGGAUGACUCGUCUUGAGCAAUCUCGCUCCUACCGUGGACUGCGUCACAGCUUUGGCGGAGGAGCUCGUCCGGCGAACUCUCUUUGAUUGUUAUUUUCUCUUGACUGAUUAUGAUACAUUGUUAUUUGUUAUGACUCUUUUGGUGGAUGAUGAUAUUUCCUUUCGAUGAUGCUAGUUGAUAUUAACUGCUUGUGUAUUAAUAUCAUUGUUGGUUUGGCAAUAUUGUUCUUAUUUAGAACAUAUUGUCCCUUUGUGGCAUUUUUUUUACAAAUUCUCUUUUAAAGAAAACUCUUGCCAUCUU